AUGGGUGCCAGGCUGCAGCGGUUUAUUUCUACCACCACCUCGCCGACUUCGUUUAAACGAUCGCCAGCUGCCUCCCCAGUGACUAUAUCCAUCUAUGACCCUCACUCUGUCACGGCUUUCUUCGAAGAUGGUACCUCGGUGACUGCAUCUGCCCAUGUUGGCGCAGACGGAAUCCGCUCAGAGGUGCGCCAAACUUGGAAUCAGGAGAAAACCAUCUUCUCAGGCCAGAUCGUCAUGCAAGGCCUCAUCAAAAUGGCAGCUCUCCCGCAAGAAGUCCAAAAUUAUUGCAAACACGUAACAUAUGGGUCGCACCAGGGAAAACGCACAUCGUGA